AUGGCGUCCACACCUGCCGCCGCGGAAGCAAAGAUACCAAACACGACAACAGUACCCUCGCCAGAUGUCCCCGUUAAGCGAACAUGGUAUCGGACAACUCUAUUCAAUGCCUUUGUCAUCGGAAUGGUGGGCUUCUUAGCCCCAGGUCUUUGGAACGCCAUGUCCGCGCUGGGAGCAGGUGGUGCCCAGGAACCGUUUCUGGUCAACGCCGCAAACGCACUCGUCUUUGGACUUAUGGGGAUUUUGUGCCUUGUAGGCGGGCCAAUUGCUAAUCGAAUCGGUCUCGAUUGGACGUUGUUCCUCGGAGCCGUGGGAUACCCCGUCUACUCGGCCGGUCUGUACACGAACAACCGCUUUGGAAAUGAGUGGCUUGUUCUUGUCGGAGCUGUGGCAUGUGGUGUGUCGGCCGGCUUGUUCUGGGCGUCGGAAGGUGCUGUUGCUUUGGGAUAUCCUGAGCCUGGCAAACGAGGAAAAUACAUGAAUAUUUGGUUAUGGUUUCGCACUGGAGGACCGUUGCUCGGAGGAGCAAUUGUAUUGGGGCUGAACAAUGACGCCAGCGCAAAGAAGAAGGGCAAGAUUGAUGCGAAGACCUAUCUUGUUUUUGUUGCGCUGCAAUGUGUUGCCGCUCCUGUCGCUUUAUUGUUGUCAGCACCGGAAAAAGUUCAACGCAGUGAUGGGAGUAAAGUCAUUGUGAAAGCGGAAAAGAGUCUCAAGGCUGAGUUCAAGAGCCUCUGGAAACUGAGCUUGCGAAAGGACAUCCUCCUCUUGCUGCCGAUAUUCUGGGCCGCGUAUUUCAACCAGUACAGCGGCAACUUUCAGACAUACUAUUUUGGAGUGAGGGCUCGGGCGCUUAUUGGCUUCGUGAGCAACUUUGGCACCUUGUUGAGCUCGCAGCUCAUGAGUAUGUUUCUCGAUUACAAGGGCAUUCGAGUGAAGCGACGUAUCGAACUCGGCUUUUACUAUGUUAUUGUGUGGCACAUUAUUGCCUGGGUGUACGGCUGGGUCAUUCAGGAAAAGUACACCGCCAACCCACCAGUUUGGGAUUGGGAAGAUGCUGGCUUUGUCGAAGGUUUCUUCGUCCUUCUGCUAUGGGACUUUGCAAGACAGUCUCUGCAAAAUUGGCUGUAUUAUUUCUUGGCAACCAAGACGGAUAAUAUCUCUGAGUUGAGCCGGUUCUCUGGCAUUUUGAGAGGCCAGGAGAGCUUCGCGCAAGCCAUCAGUUUUGGACUGAAUACGAGACAGUGGAAAGGUGGUAGAGUGCCACUCGCAGUCAACACCAUCCUGCUAGGGUUAUCGGUUUACCCGACGUGGUUGGCUGUAAGAGACCACGAUCCCAUUGAGCACGACGAGACGCCAAGUGGUGUUCAGAGUGAGGAAACGUUGGAAAAAGCCAGAGCAACUGUCGACGUUGAGAAGGGUUCUCAGAGUUCGGGACGGUAA